AUGACGCCGGACGAUAUUUUUGACCGUGUUCGAUUAGCUUGCUCAAUUCUAGCUGCCGUGCUCUCCUUCAUGGCACCCUGGAGUACAGAGCAUCGCAUACGCCCAACGCCGUGCUUCUCCCGGGUAUUCUAUGCACAAGUUGUCUUGACAUGGGGCAACAUGAUACUGCUCUGGGCACAACCACUUGCCCCCAUAUUUCCUGCCUAUCACGCCACGUGUUUCUCGAUCGCAACACUCUUCCAACUGGACGGACUAUCGGAAGACUCUGGGCUUAUCUGGAAUUUCUUCGCUGUGAGUUGGGCCCUUGGCGUUAACCACGAAAUGCUGGAAAUUGCUAUUCAGCUUAGUCCGGGCAUCGAACCCGACUCGUGGAGAGUGAUCCGAAUCACACUGGCAGUUUCAAAGUUUGCGUCGUAUCUCUACCUUCUCUACUGCUUCGCCGAGGAGAAAGGAACCAAAACACACCUUCGAAAGCGUCCUCCACAAGCCGACGCUAUUCUGCAGAUGUGCAUAAGUCACUUCAAGGUCUUCAAGCAGUUUAUCUGGAUAGACAACGAUGAUGGCAUGCGGAGAAGAUUUAUUAUAUCUAUCGUUCUCAGGCUGUGCCAAAACGCUCUUUGCCUCUGGCUCCCCUUGAGUAUCAGUCGCCUUAUGAGAGAGCUCAAUUACGACAAACCUUACUCCGAAAUCCUCCCAUACAUCAUUCAGUGGUCUCUUCUCAGGCUUCUGCAAUCGCCCGGCACUGGUCUACCAUCACUGGACGAGUGGAACUGGCUCAAGGUGAUCUUUCAUCGCCAGCAGAAGCUUAAGCAGAAGAUCUUCGCUGCAAUCAUGAACGCCGGCUUCUCGUAUCAUAGAAAGCAAAGUCGGGCAGCCAUCACUACUGCAAUUGACAAUGCACAAGGCGUCGAUCAAUCCUUUGACGCCAUUUUGAGGAACGCUUUAGAUGGCUGCUUUGCGAUCUUCAUUGCUCUCCCGGUGACGGCCCUGAGGUUUGGAAGUUCUAUGCUGAUAAUUGCUGCUUUUUUCUUGUCAGUCUCUGUCAUCAUCUUCCGACGUUCAACGACCAAAAUGUUCAGAGCUAGAGCAGACGUUGUAGUUCUUCACCAGCGUCAGCGGCAGCAAUGCGAGGACGCUAUCCAAGGGUGGACUACCUCUGCCCUCUUCGGCCAGACGGGAUACCAUAUCCAUGAGAACGACGAGAGGCUGGAAGAAUUCCACAAGAUAAGCUGGAAGUUCUACGUCUCGUAUUUCAUUUCGAAUGCAUUGAACCACACGGCUCUGAACGUUGGAUACUGGACCGGGGCAAUCAUUGUCCUGGGUCUGGUUCAAUGUCGUCGGCUAGGAAGCGAAGAUUUCUUUGCCCAUCAGCAGUACUGGAGUCAACUUAUCAGUCCCCUUUCCAAUGUUUUGAAAGACGCCAAAGACAUUGUUAAGAAGUUCCAGGAUGCGACUGAAGCUGCAAGCCUUAUGGACAUGGCCUCUCAUCCAAAGGAAGAAAAGCCGCAUCUCCACUUCCAAAGUGGCCUCGUGGAGUUUUGCAAUGUCGGUGUCACUUUUGGCAAAAAGGUGGUACUCGAAGACUUCAAUCUCGUUGUGCCUGCAGGAUCCAAGAUCGCUAUUGUCGGGCCGUCAGGUGUUGGUAAAUCAACAAUACUUGCUCUUCUUACGGGUCAAAUCGAGCCCGAUACUGGCAAGAUAUUGAUAGACGGUCAAGAUAUUACUCAAGUGAAACAUAGCUCUCUAAUGCGAAAUAUCGGCAUCGUCGAGCAAAAUUAUCACAUCUUCAACACGACAGUCAUUGACAAUGUACGAUACGGUAAGCGAGAUGCUUCCGAAGAAGAAGUACAAAAUGCUUGCAAGAAAGCUUGCAUUCACGACGUCAUAAUGAAGCGUGAGAAAGGCUACGACUCUCCAUGUGGUGAUGCAGGAAAUGAAUUCUCCAAUGGAGAGCGCCAACGAAUUGCACUCGCCCGACUGUUUCUCAUGGAACCAGAUAUCCUCCUCAUAGACGAAGGGACGAGUGCUCUGGAUGCGACAACAGAAGGCUCUAUCAAGAGAAGCUUGUCGAGGGAAUUCAAAGACAGGACUGUGAUAACCGUAGCACACCGGUUGUCAUCUAUCAAAGCAUACGAAAUCAUCGUUAUCGGCGAGAAAGGAGUCCACGUUGAGAGUGGAAGUCAUGAUGUGCUCUUGGAUUUAAAGGGGAACUACUGGCGAUACUGGCAGGAGCAUCUCGGAGAGGACGUUGCGUGA